AUGAGUUACCGACUGGUGGUGCUCUUAGCGGUCGUACAGACAAUGUGCUGGCCGCCACUGUACGCUGACGAGGACCCAUUCCAAGACGAGAAAGAUCAGUGCCAGAUUACCGUGAGUGCGGAUAUGAUGAAAACUUUUGAACAAUCCUCGCAAAAAGAAGUAAAGUGUGGUGAAGAUCUGUGGAGCAACUUUCUUCUGCACUACCACCAAACGCAGCAAAACCUUACCGACUGUUUGAAACGGCCGAAUGAUGAAGACGCACCAGGCGCGUCCGACGUCUUCUGUCAGCAGCUGUUGGACGAUGUACAGCGCGAGCUCGAGCAGGAACACCGCAAGCAUUCGGACGAGUUGGACAAACAGCUACACGCCGCCCAACAGGAGGUUCAAAAGCAACUCAACGAGAAGGUGCUGCUGGAGGGUCAACUAAACCGCCUCCUGCACGAACGGGCCGAGCUGGUGAUGGAUCUGCUGCUAGCCAACAUUGCGAUCGGCGACACAAAGCAGGCGCUCGCCAACUACAAUGAGUUUCCGGCCAAAGACCGAACGCAUCUACUCCACGAGCAGAUCGUACGCUCCGUGUACCGGGUGACGGUCUAUCAAGAUCAGCGCCUGCUAAACCUUCUCAACUUUGUGCGUGAGAUCAACGCAAAGGAUGCGAAGCUGGACCUCUAUCGACUGAUGGUGGCGGAGGUACAGAAGCGACCGAGUCAGCGUGAUGGCUACAUUGCGGUGGCGUUCGCACUGAACGUGAAAGCCGACACGGUUGCGUACAACGCUGACCAGCAACUCUACACCAACCUCAUAGUACCGGUCGUUGCGCGCUGGAAGGAUCAGCUCGCGAACGGUAAUUACAAAGAGGUUAUUAGCUUCGCUACCCAGCAGCCGAAAUAUUACGAGCAGAUGCAAACCGACCUGGCGACGGUGGAUGAGGCCAAGUGGGUGAAUCUGAAGUUUGACCUGUUCGUACCGUACAUGAACUCCCUCCCGAAAGCAGCCCAGCGGCUGGAAGCGCUGCGUCUGAUAUUGGACCAGAUCUGGGCCCGCAACAAACAAAACUUCCAAACGCGUCUCGAGCUGACGGCGAAACAGGUGGACAUUUGUGAGACGUUCAUGAACAGAACCAAUAACCAGGACAAAAAUGAUAGGCGUUCGCUAGACGAGCUGAAAAAGCAGUUCGGGAAGUUUACGUCGCGGAAGGACUACAAAUCUUAUUUGAAUGCAUCCCGCAAACCUUCCGGGUAG